AUGGACUACUUCAGAGGAUGCCUUGAGCCAGUUGAACGCGUUUUGAGGGACUCUGGGCUGGCUAAGAGCCAAGUCCAUGAAAUUGUGCUCGUAGGUGGGUCUACAAGAAUUCCAAAAGUGCAGCAAAUAAUUCAAGAAUUUUUCAAUGGAAAAGAACCAUGCAGAAAUAUAAACCCAGACGAGGCUGUAGCGUAUGGAGCUGCUGUACAAGGAGCAAUACUUUCAGGAGAAUCCUCAAGUCAAGUGCAAAGCGUAGUUUUAUUAGAUGUCACUCCUUUAUCACUUGGAAUUGAAACGGCUGGAGGGGUUAUGACAGUGCUUAUUCCGAGAAACUCGACUAUCCCAACUAAAAAGGCCCAAACUUUCACAACUUAUGCAGAUAAUCAGCCUGGGGUUUGCAUUCAGGUAUUUGAAGGCGAAAGAUCAAUGACGAGAGAUAACCAUCUCCUUGGAAAAUUCAACUUAGAAGGAAUCCCGCCAGCACCCAGAGGAGUUCCACAAAUUGAAGUGCCUUUGAUAUCGACGCAAAUGGAAUUCUAA